AUGCUCCCAUCUCAGCUAAAUGGCUCGCCUAAGCGGGCCAAUCCCUUCAGUCGUGCAUCGCCAUCUCCCUCCCCCUCCCCCGGUCCUCAAACCAAAGCUCCCCGGCCGAAGUCGGCGAUUGUGACAUCGACGUCAAGUAAAUUCGAAGAGGCUAAAGGGCAUUUUCGGAACUCCUCUUUUGUACCUCAGUCGCCGCCAGCGGUUCUUGCCCGAAACUCACACCAUCAGCGAUCGAGCUCGUUAAGGAAUGAUGCGUCGUCUGGCACGUUUGCACCCGAGUUUAUCAAGUCUGAAGAGCUUCGGCGAGGCGCUGAUCAGAUUCGUGGCUUAGAAGGAGAUAAUGAUUUCUCAGGUAAUAAAUACGUCUGGCUGCGUGACCCCGAGAAAGCAUUUAUACGAGGUCUUGUUUUGGAGGAGGGGGACAAUGGACGAUUGUUAGUGCAGAGCGACGAUGGCGAGCAACGAGAAGUCGAUGCGGACCAAGUCGAUAAGGUCAAUCCGGCAAAGUUCGACAAAGCCGACGAUAUGGCCGAACUUACCCACCUAAACGAAGCCUCGGUCGUACAUAACCUGCAUACGAGGUACCAGGCAGAUUUGAUAUAUACAUAUUCGGGCCUGUUUCUGGUGACUGUUAACCCAUAUUGCCCUCUACCCAUCUACUCCAACGAAUACAUCAAGACCUACAAAGGUCGCAGCAGAGAGGAGACACGGCCGCAUAUCUUUGCCAUGGCAGAUGAGGCAUUCCGCAAUUUGGUGGAAGAAGGCCAAAACCAGAGCAUCCUCGUCACUGGAGAAUCGGGCGCCGGAAAGACAGAGAACACGAAGAAAGUUAUCCAGUAUCUGGCAGCAGUUGCAACUUCCGACACGCCGUAUGUGCGUUCUGGGGCCAAACAAUUGUCGACACUGUCCCAACAAAUCUUGCGGGCGAAUCCUAUCCUGGAAGCAUUUGGUAAUGCUCAGACAGUCCGAAACAACAACUCCUCUCGUUUCGGAAAGUUUAUUCGAAUCGAAUUCGCUCGUUCCGGUCAAAUCUCAGGCGCAUCUAUCGAUUGGUAUCUCCUGGAGAAGUCUCGGGUGGUGAAGCCUAACCAGCAAGAGCGGAACUACCAUAUUUUCUAUCAGUUAUUGCGCGGAGCAGAUGCCGAGCUCAGAAAAAAUCUGCUUCUGUCUGACCUGCAGAUUGAAGACUUCGCCUAUACCAAGGACGGUAACGAGAGUAUCGCAGGAGUCUCCGAUGAUGCCGAAUGGAAUUCGUUGAUGGAGGCUUUUCAUGUGAUGAACUUCUCCGAAGAAGACCAAAUGUGUAUCCUGCGCACCAUAGCAGCCGUCCUUCACCUUGGAAACGUGACUAUCGUGAAGGAGAGCCUGCGAGCUGACCAGGCGGCCUUGGGUCCAGACUCCCUAAAUAGCGUCGAGCGAGCGUGUCAUCUGUUGGGCAUAGCACCAGACGCUUUCGUGAAAGGGCUGCUACAUCCGAGGGUGAAGGCAGGUCGCGAGUGGGUUGAAAAGGUACAAACUCCAGAGCAGGUUCGACUGGCCCUAGACGCCCUAGCGAAGGGUAUUUACGAGCGUGGAUUCGGAAACCUCGUGGACCGUAUUAACCAGAGACUGGACCGCAACACGGUAACUGGAGAUGACAAUUAUUUCAUUGGAGUUCUCGAUAUCGCUGGAUUCGAGAUCUUCGAGAACAACAGUUUCGAGCAACUGUGCAUCAAUUACACCAACGAGAAACUCCAGCAAUUUUUCAACCACCACAUGUUCGUCCUUGAACAGGAGGAAUAUGCAAGGGAGCAAAUCGAAUGGCAGUUCAUUGACUUUGGAAAAGACCUGCAGCCGACAAUCGAUCUGAUCGAGUUGACGAACCCGAUUGGUAUUUUCUCUUGUUUGGACGAAGACAGUGUCAUGCCAAAGGCAACGGAUAGAUCCUUCACCGAUAAGCUGCACUCCCUUUGGGAUAAGAAGACGCCAAAGUACCGGGCCUCUCGUCUUAGCCAGGGUUUCGUUCUUACUCACUACGCUGCCGAGGUCGAGUAUGGCACAGAGGGUUGGCUCGAAAAGAACAAAGACCCCCUUAAUGACAACAUUACCCGACUAUUGGCUGCUUCCCAAGAGAAACACGUCGCAAACCUCUUUUCAGACUGCGGAGACCCCGACGAUGAGGCAGACUACCCGAAAAGCCGCGUUAAGAAGGGUCUCUUCCGCACAGUCGCCCAGAGGCAUAAAGAGCAGCUAUCUAGCCUCAUGUCACAGUUACAUUCGACUCAUCCCCAUUUCGUCCGUUGCAUCAUACCGAAUCACAAGAAACGACCCAAGAUGUUCAAUGCACCCCUUGUCCUGGACCAGUUGAGAUGCAAUGGUGUUCUGGAGGGCAUUAGAAUCGCGCGGACAGGCUUCCCGAAUCGACUUCCCUUUGCUGAGUUCCGUCAGCGAUAUGAGGUUUUAUGCCGCAAUAUACCCAAGGGUUAUAUGGAUGGACAAAACGUCGCACGCAUGAUGCUCCAGAGUCUAGGCCUCGAUAGCACCUGGUACCGUGUCGGGCGCACUAAGGUGUUCUUCCGGGCUGGGGUGCUGGCCGAGCUGGAAGAGAAGCGCGACGAGCUUAUCCGCUCUAUCAUGACAAGAUUUCAAUCUCUUGCCAGAGGCUUCGUGCAGCGGCGAAUCUCCAACAAGCGGCUCUAUCGUGCCGAAGCCACCCGGAUUAUCCAGCAUAAUUUCCAUGCGUACCUCCGCCUCAAAGCCAGCCCAUGGUGGUGCUUAUUCUCACGUAUGAAACCUCUCUUGGGCGAGACUAGAACUGCUACCGAGGUUAAGAGGCGAGAUGAGAAGAUUCAGCAAAUGGAAUUAAAGAUCAAGCAGGACAUCGCUGAUCGUCAAAGGAUUGAAGAGGAAAGGCGCCGUACUGAGAUCGAAAUGCAAAAGAUCCAGCAAACUCUGGAAAGCGAGAGGGCAUUGGCCUUGGACAAGGAGGAAAUCUUCAAAAGGCUUCAGCUUCGGGAGGUAGAAUUGAGUGAAAAGCUGGCUGGCGCAAUUGCAGACCAGGAGGGUCUAGAAGACCAGCUCGACGAACUCAUAGCAGCAAAAAAGAGAGUCGAUGACGAACUCGGUCACAGAAUCACGCAACUCGAACAGGCGGGAGAAAUCAUUCAACGCCUCGAAGCCGAGAAGAACGAGACGCAAGGGCGUCUUGCAGAGAUCGACCGUACCUUGCACGAAGCCGAGGCCUCUACACAUGAGAAGGAGGCCAAUAUCAAAGAGCUGGAACAAGAAGUCCGGAUGCUUCAGAGUAACCUGAGCCUGAAAGAGCGCAAGCUGCAAGAUCUGGAAGCGAAGCUGUUGAAGACAGACCAGGACCUUGAUAUCAAGCUGGCAAAGACAUCAAAGGAGCUAGAUCAGUCAAAGAAGCAGGUGAAGGAUCUCCUCGAAGAGAAUCGUUCGAUUCGUCAGCAAAUUUCAGACCUUUCUUCGACAUCGACGAGUUACGAAGAGAUGCUUCGACGAAAAGAGAGCGAGAUUGCCGUUCUACGAAAGGACUCACGAAAGCAUGAAGAGGAUAAACGACAAUUGGAGAACGAGAAGAAGACUCUUUCCACGCGGCAUGACAAUAUGCAAAAGCGCCUGCGAGAUCUCCAAGCCGAAGCUGAUGCAAUGAGAUCCGAAAAGUCUCAGCUCGAGCGGGAAGUGGCUGACGUUAAGAAACUCCUGGAAGAAAAGAUUUCCGAAGAUGCACAAGCGGGCGAGGGCCGCAAGCUUCUGGAACAGCAAAUUCAGGAUCUCAAGAACGAGUUAUUCCAAGUACAGGCAGAUCUUAGUCGGGAACGCCAGUCGAGAGACGAUGUCCAAAUGCUCGCAGAGCACAAUCUUGCGGAGUUGCGAGACAAAUAUACCUCGUUGAACGAAUCCAAGAUCACUAUUGAGAAGGAAAUGUACAUCCAGCAAGACUCUCUCCGUCGCGCUACCGAAGGGCGACUGGCCGCUGAGCAGUCCCGCAAGGAUCUUCAGGCAGAGUUGAUACGACUCCGAGAUCGCUUCACCGCCGUCGAAAAUGCUCGAUUGAACGCAGAAGCCGAGAUUGAGAAGAACAUGAUGAAGCAGGCCAACCAGCGCCUGAACAGUGUCCAGAAGGAGCUGAUUGAAAAGACUCAACUGUUGGAAGACAUUGAGGCUGAAAGAUCACGCCUUGCGACUAGGGUACAGGAGUUGACUAAUGCCAUUGCGGAGUCGGAUAACUUCCGUAUUCGUCAUGAUCAGCACAAGGAGCGUCUUGAGCGAGAACUUGUGACUCUCAAGGGCAGGCUCACGGCGUCCGAAAAUGACAACCGAGCGCUUUUGACGAAGAUCCAACAAAAAAACCUCGAUAUUGCCAGGUCCAACUCGAAAGCGAGCGACAACCAGCGCCAUCGUAUCACAACGCUUCAAAGAGAGAAAGCCAAGAUUGAAGAGGACAACAAAAAGCUUACACGCCAGCUUGGUGAUCUUCAGCUUUCAAUCACUUCCUUGGAAAAGCAAAAGGAGAAGUUGUCGCUGACCGUCGAGGAUCUGAAUCACGAAGUCAGCAGGGAGCAUAAAGCCAGUCGUAAUGCCGAGAAGGCGGCGUCCACUGCAAAUAUCCAGCUGGCAGAGGCGAAUAGGAACCUGGAGACCGAGAGACAACUGAGGACUCAAGCUCAGGCGAACACACGCAAACUGCAAGGCUCUCUGGACACGGCGAACAAGGAAAUCGCGGAUCUCCAUCGCCAGCUCAUUCUGCUACACAAGGUUGUCGACCCUUCAGCCGAUAAACCUGCAGAGUCGUGGGAAUCUGUACAGCCGGAUCUGUCCAAGAAGGUUGACCUUGCGCAAAUGCUGGACACAAUGCGCAGCAAGUUGCAGGUUACGGAAGAGAAGUACAGCCGGGCCGAGAGUCAGCUUGAAGAAAUGCGCCGUCGACAUGGUGAUGAGAUGAAGGAGCUUGAUGCCCGCUACCAGUCAUCUAAACGUGCAUUGCUGGAAGAAAUUGACCAGAACCAGGUCGCUGGCAACCGUACGCCCACUCAUCUGAGGAAGAAUUCGGAGAACAGCUUCGUUAAGAGAUUCAGCACACCAACCACGCCGAAUCGCCGGUUCAACGUCAAUGAGAAUGCCAACUCUGCGAGGUCGGAUAGGACCGUGGACACUGUCGGAUACCAAAGACGCAUGGACUUCGCGACGGAGAUUGAAGAGCUUCAGAACAAGCUUCAGAUGAGUGAGAUGCAGAAUAAGCACCUCCAAAGCCAAGUCGAACAGAUGAAUCCUUUGCGAGAGAUGUGGCAAGACGAAAGCCCAUCUCUCCGUCGCAUGCAAUUACUGGAGCGCGAGAAUGGUAGACUCCAUGAUCAACUUGACGAUUCUGCGAAGAAGGUGUCUUCCCUUGAGAGAAGCAUUCGAUCGGGCGAGUUGUCUCUCCGUGACGUUCAGGCCAAGUCUCACGAAGAACUUUAUGAUUUGAUCAACUCCCAGGAACAGUCUCGACGGUCCCUGCUCAAAGUCCACAACGAGGCGCUUGCGGAUUUCCACGACGCCAAGGAGCAUUUCGAAAAGCUCAAGCGAGCCAAGGCUGCCCUUGAAGUUGAACUUCGGGACGCUCGCUCCGAAGUCCAAGAACUGCAGGAAGCCAAGGACCAGGAUUCUGUCAGCCGCAACCAGCUGCUUCAGGAGUUCUCUGAUUUGCAGAUCCGUCUCGAUGCGGAAACAUCCAAGUCGGCCGAUCUUGCCUCGAGCCUUAGCUUGUACAAGACUCGGGCUGACGAGUAUUUCAGCAAGCUGGAGCAGGCAGAGAUCUCCGUGCUGAAGGCUUCUCGUGCAGAGCAAUUUGCAAAAUCGCAAGCCAAGGAGGCAGAGGAAGCUUGUGCGCAGAUCAUGUCCGAACGCAAACAAAUGGAUGCUCUUGUGGAUGAUCUCCAACGGCAGACGCAGUCCCUGGAGGCGCGGAUGGAGGAUCAGGCAGCUGAGCUGGAGGCAGCGCUACAAGCAAAGCAGCGCCUUCAAAAUGAACUUGAGGACUACAGAAAUCAGCGAGCUAUCGACAUCGAAGACAAGGAGACCUCAAUGGAGCAAACGAGACAAAAGUACCAAAGGGAGUUCACCACACUCAACAACGAGCUUGAGAUGGAACGAGAGAAGGUGCUCAACGUUCGCACGGAGAAUUCUAGGCUUCGAGAAGAGCUUGAAGACUUGCGCAGCAAGUGGGAUAAUGAAGUCCUCAACAGCUCGACCUGGGCUAAAGAGAAAGCACGCAUGGACAUCAUGCUCCAGGACGUUACUAACUCCCGUGACGAGGCUGUCAAUGCCCACAAUGAUGCCCAGAGUAGGGUUGUCUCCCUUCUUUCUCAGGUUAGAAGCCUACGCACAUCGGUGGAUGACGUGGCAGCAGAACGGGACAUGCUGCUGAAGGAGAAGAAGAUGCUUGAGGCUCGUUUGGCCGAAGCAGGUGAAAGGCUAGAGGAUCUUGCCAAAGGUGAAAGCCCAUCUAUGCGCAAUGCAGCAAGCAUGGAUCGUGAGCUGCUAGAGCUUAAAUCCAAGCUUGCUCAGCAAGAAGAUGUCUCAGCCGCUGCAGUUGGAAAGAUGAGGCGAGCCGAAGCCCUGGCCAUAGAGAUGCAGAAGGAGGUCACAGCAGAGAGAGAAACCAACGCUCAACUUUUCAAGGACAAGGCGGCACUAGAAAAGCAGCUGAAAGAGGCCCAGCUGCGGUGUGUUGACCUGGAAACUAAGAGUUACUCUUCCGGCAGCCAGGAUAUCAAAUUCCUGCACAAGAGGAUCAAAGAGUUGGAGACGCAUCUUGAGGAACAGGAGAACAAGCAUAGCUCCGAGCAACGAUCUCUGCGAAAUGUUGAUCGUACGGUCAAGGACCUUCAGUCCCAAAUUGAGCGACGUGACAAGAUGAAUUCUCAGCUCGAGGACGAUAUGAACAAGGCUCGCGACAAGAUUGAGCGAUUGCUCAAGAACAUUGAGGAGCUUCAGCACGCCGAUUCUGAGACGCAAUUGCAAGCGCGUCGCGCAGAGCGUGAACUGCGCGAGGAGAGAGAGAAGUCCCUGCGGCUGGAACGUGAGCUAGAAGGCUGGAAGAGCCUUCGAGUCGAAAGAGGAAGUGCCGUGGGACGCGGGCAUAUCACUGCUUACAGUGAUAUAGGAAGUCGGAAGGGCAGUGGCGCUUUUGCUUCCAGCGACCUACAAAGAAUGCCCAGCAACACCAAAGGCUUUUUAUGA